AAGAAAGUCGUAAUCAGGAUGAUUAAUUAGAGUGAAUAGUAAUUUUGUGUCCGACAAUAAUAGCAAGGCUGCUUCCCCAUGAAACAGCUAGCCACGCGUCAGUUUCCUAUAUGGGCCCACCAACCUGGCGCACGUUAGCCUCAACCAACACCCAGCUCUGCUUAUCUGGCACCCAUCCCACUUGAUGCCUCUUUUCUCAGCCGACACUCAAAUUCCGCCGGAAAAAAAAUUAUCUGCUUAGCUGCCAUUCACUGAAAAUAUCUCACUGAAUUUAUCCGAUUCUGACACGUGGAAUCCCUGAAAGUUUCUACUGAAAUUGUGGUGUGUUUCAGUAUAGAUUUCAUUCAUUUUUAUUUACUACUAAAUCAAGCAGAUUUGAUUCAUCGUAAACAUUGAUUCAGAAAAAAUAGGCUAUGUUCGUAUUUCUAGGGUUUCAGUGUAAUCAUUUGUAAAGUUUCGCUUCAAACUCAAUCAUCUAUGCUGGUAUGAUCCUUUACAUUGUUUGUUCUACGUUAAGCUCUGGUUAAUUACGUAUUUGUUGAUGUAAAUUGGGAGUAUUUUCGACUUAAUCAAUGGCGUCGAUUCGAAGAACAUUGUCACCGAAUAAUAGCGAACGGCAUUUUCAGAAUGGAAAUCAAUAUUCAGUUCAAUCGCCAUCUCAUAAGCAGGUCAUUAUUAACGGCAAAAGUUCGUCGCGAAAAAAUUACAUAUCUAGUAGGAAGAAGUUGUUCUAUAGGUGUUUGAUAUUUUUUGUGUUAGGGUUUGUAUUAGGUAUGGCACCAUUUGGUGGUAAUUUUGAUGAUGAUGUGAGAAGCCGUGAUUUUUCGUUUAAUGUGAAGAAGGAGGAGAUGAAAGAUGUGGUAAUACCGGGACCUGAUAACAAGGUUAACUCGGUUAAAUUACCUGAAGUGAAUUUUGUUUAUGUUGUACCGAGGAAAUUGUUGAUUGUGGUGACACCGACUUAUAAUAGGGCGCUUCAAGGUUAUUAUCUUAAUAGAUUGAGUGAGUUGUUGAACCUCGUGAAAUCGCCUUUGUUGUGGAUUGUGGUUGAGAUGAAUGCGGCGUCUGUAGAGACUGCGGAUAUUUUGAGGAAGACGGGAGUUAUGUAUCGGCAUUUGGUGUGUUCUAAGAAUAUGACGGAUAUAAAAGACCGGGGGGUGCAUCAGAGGAAUGUUGCGUUGGAGCAUAUUGAACGUCAUAGGCUUGAUGGGAUUGUUUACUUUGCAGAUGAUGAUAAUAUCUACUCGCUUGAGUUGUUUGAGAGCAUUAGAUCGAUCAAUCGUUUUGGCACUUGGCCUGUUGCUAUGCUGGCACAAAGCAAAAGCAAAGCAGUACUGGAGGGUCCUGUGUGCAAUGGAAGUCAAGUUAUUGGGUGGCACACUAAUGAGAAGAGUAAGCAACUUAGAAGAUUUCAUGUCGAUAUGUCUGGCUUUGCCUUCAAUAGCACUAUAUUAUGGGAUCCAAAGAAAUGGCAUCGACCAACUUCGGAUCCCAUUCGACAGUUGGACAAGGUGAAGGAGGGUUUCCAAGAGACCACUUUCAUAGAACAAAUUGUUGAAGACGAAAGCCAAAUGGAGGCUAUCCCUCCUGGUUGCUCAAGGGUAUUGAAUUGGCACCUUCAUCUGGAAGCUCGUGGACUUGUCUAUCCAAGAGGCUGGCUGCUUCAAAAGAACCUUGAUACCGUUUUCUCUACCACAUGAGGACACAAGCAAAGUGCAAAGUCUCUAACUGGUGUCCAUGAAGGAGGACACCGAACAAUAUCCACUGUAGCAUUUCACAUCAUGGUGGUUAAGGGCACUCUGUAUCUCAUGUCAAAGCCUUUUUGUUGCUAAAAUUCAGAGAGCCUUUUGGAAUUAUUGUUGUUUCUGCGAUUGUGUCCAUAUUUAGUUUGCCUGAGCAAAGAAAAAAAGACAGCGCCUCAGCUGCAAUUCUGUUUGACAGGCCAGUGCUAAUCCCAAUAGGAAGCUAUCAUUUUCAAGCUGAUCUGGGAAAUACUUGAGUGCCGAAGUCGAAGCAGCAAUGCAUGCCUUGAAUGGCAGGAUAGCUAUAAAGAAAAGAGUAAUUGAUUUUCUUUUUUAUUUUCUCAAAAAUAUUCUUUGACCACAUCAGAAGUCGUUGUGUUGUGAGUUUUGCUACUUUUUCCAAGGUGAGGGGUGUGGUGUCUUCAAUUUCCAUUCCAAGAUUGGAGCCACUGCUGUCACUAAAGGCGGAAUGCGUGCGUGCUGUAGAGUUGAAUGGCUGCGGAUUAUCAUCCUCGGAAGCAGGAAGCAAGUGACGCUCAGUUCAAAUUGUAAUCUUUUACAAUUCUGAUUCUGACAGAACAGUUAUUAUACAUGACCUGCAUUUUUUUUCCCUUGAUGUGCAAAGGUUCUUAUUGC